AAUUAAAUUAAAUUAAAAAAAAAUGAACAAUUUGACUUUGAAUACUUUAAAUUGCUUUUGUAUGAUCCUGCGAAGACCAACACAAAAUACCAAUUAAUUUUAUAAAUUCAAUUCGUAAUUUAAGUGGAUGUUUUGAUGAAAAGGCCAAAUGCCCGAAAGGAAAAAUCUACAACACUCCCUGCGACGACAAUAAACAACAAUUCCCACCACGCCAAAUCCCACCGAAGGACGAAUUCCAAUCAAUGUGGGAAAAUCCCAGUUGUCAACCGUCUGCAACAACAUGUCCACAAGUUCGAUUCGAUGCUUUAUAUUACAAACCCUCAGAUAAGGCAAUACGAGAAUAUCAACAAACAUGGAUUGAAUGUCCUGCAAGAUUAAUCAAGCCCAGUGUUAGUUGUAAAUUUCCUCAAGAUAAAUAUCCACCUUUAGAGCGAAGACCAAGACGAGCAAGACCAGAUACAGCGAAAUGCAUGGAUUCCAGCAAGUUAAAAUUGGCAUCAUGUUCUAGGCAAAAGGAUCUGAAACAGAAUGCAAGCUGUCUCAAGAUUAUAAUGCCUGGUUGUCGUGGUGUACGUCAGGAUAUUCGGUGUAAAUUGGUAAGGGAACCAGCGAAUUGUAAGAUAAUUGCUAAUCCUUAUCCAAGUUACUCCGAAUGCAACCAUCCGAAAUCGAAAUCAAAACCUCCUAACGAAUGUGAGUGCAUGAAAAUACGUUCGAUGUGUGAUAUUUGGACAAUAUUGCGAAAGAAACAGAUACUUUAGCGAAUUUUUGCGAUUCAAAGUCAGAGUUUUUUUUUUUUUUAUAGGUAAACAAAUUAAAAAAUAUUUAAAAUGGUUAAAAUAAACAAUAUUUUUCGGAACAAAAA